AUUAUUCAAAAAACUAUUCAAGUUAGUUGAAAGAAUAAUCUUGAAUGGUGAACGUACACGUACAAAAGUCUAAUUUAUCAAUGGGAAAACGUUUGCUGGCCUGCCGCUGGGUGCUGGUUUUAAGCUGAACCCCUUUUCACUGUGGACUUGACUGGCCGUCUUCCGUAUCGGAAACAGUGCUCCGACGCGUCAAACUGCGAGUGCGAGUGUUUUUGGUUUUUUGUGCUCCGUUGUGUAUUGUUGGCUGCUACCGCUUUCUGUAACUGCUUCUGAACCCUCCGGUUUCGGCCGCGUUCGAGAUAACUGCCGUGGCAGCGACUUGGAGAAGAAAUAAUAAUAAAUUCUAAUCUGUCAUCCGGUGGAAGACAACACCCGAAAACAAAAAAGUAUCCACCACCAGAAGAAGAUCGUCAUCGUUGUGUGUACUAAAGAGAGUGUGUGACACUUCCGAAGCGCCAUCUUAGCAGCCAGCUGUCGUGAUCAUAAAAUUAAUCGACUGUCAUUUGUUUCGCAAAUUCAAAUGACCGAACCUAGGUUCGGUCGGUGACAUUUCCAGUGAUCCUCGGUGAUCCUCGUUCAGCAGUAAGUGCGUGAUUGAUUACCCCGGUGAUUGGCAUCUGCUCGGUGACUCCCGUCGUCAGUCAGCCGACUUUACGGGUGUCAGGUUCUUUUGUUUUUUUUUUUCUGUAUUGUUUAGUGCGAAUAUUUUUUUUUGGUUCGACGACGGGAUAAGACAACAAUAAUGAACACAUAAAAUUGCUCAUUGUUAUUUUUAUAACGCGCAAUUAGCGAGUGAAAAAACGGAACCUCAAAACGUAGCCAACGAAAAACGAAGUUGAUAGCAGAGCUCCCAGAGUUGAAUGCUCACAGCGAGCAAAAAAAAAAGAUUAUAAACGGAAAAAUUCAAUGAGAGAAAAUGUUUUAGAAGUUGCCGCUCACCUAUCGUUUUCUAAAUAUCAAAUUAAACAAAUAGGCGCACGGGAAGCGAAUAUCAGAGAAGAAGAAGAAGACGAAAAAAAGAAGCUAACGAAGCAGUGCGAAUGAACGAGAGAGAGAGAGCGGAAAAAAACUGAACGCUUAAGAAAUAGUGUUUUAAGAUGACUCAUUUGAUUUAAUUGCACGCUCUCCGAAAGGCAAUUACCAACACGUAAAAUUUGUGAAGAAGCGAAAAAAAAACAGAUAAAAAAAAUCUAUAUCGACAUUUGGAAAAUAGAGUAAAAACAAGUGAUCAUAGAUAGCGCUAGAGAAAGAGAAAGAGAUAGAUAGAUAGAUAGAGAGAUAGAGCAAGAAAGAGUGGUGUUCACAGGAGUUGAAGAGUUGUUUCGAGUUGUUGUUUUCCCGAAGCAGCCAAAACGUCGGAUCCCACGAGGAGGCUUGACCACACGACGUUCAGCAUGUUGACCGACAUGAGUCCGUCGGCAGCCGGACAGUUCUACGGGGCCCAGAUACCGGCCAUGGGUAUGAACAUCGCCAACAUCACCCACAUGCAGAAACCAACAGAUCAUCCCGGUUUGAGAGGCACACCGUUGGCCAUGCUGGCAGCUCAGUGCAAUAAGCUGUCCAGUAAGUCACCGCCGCCACUGGCGGAUGCCGCCGUUGGCAAAGGAUUUCACCCGUGGAAGAAAAGUCCCAUUUCAUCGGGACCCCACUCGCCGAACAGUCUCGGAAGUUCUCAGGUCGCCACGAGCAGUUCCGCAAGCAACGUGAUACAAUCCACCCAGCGGACACAUUCUUCAUCGUCCGCAUCAUCUACCAGCCCGAUGUCGAACGUUACGACCAGUCGCCCAAUUACUUCAUCUUGUGCGGCGACCACAGCGCCGUCCUACGGCAGUGACUUGUAUUUCCCGGGAGCCACCACAUCGCCAGCUUGUGCCGAAAAUCCGCACAUGCAGCACGGUAUUCUAGGUAAGGUCGAGGGAACGGCUCUCGGGUCGGUCUACUCCCGGCAUCCGUACGAUUGGCCGUUCAAUGCUGUCUCGGCAGCGACGGCCCACAAGACCGAUAACAUGAACUCCGGCUGGUGGGAUAUGCACGGUGCGGCUGGCAGCUGGCUGGACAUGGGAAGUGCCGGCAUGCACGCCGCUACCAUGGCGAACUACGCCGCCAGUGCUGCCGUCAGUUCGGACUAUUCGACACUGACACACUCGCUGACGAACACGGCCCACCUGCUUGGUACCGGGCAGCAUCUACUGCAGGAUACAUACAAGAGUAUGCUGCCGUCCCAAGGCGUCGGAAGCUUCGGUUUGCCGCAUGCACCGGCUUCACCGGCACCGCCAACACCGCAAGCUCCGUCUCCUCGCAGUCAGCGCCGCUAUUCGGGCCGUGCCACCUGCGAUUGUCCAAACUGUCAGGAAGCGGAACGGCUUGGACCGGCCGGAGUUCAUCUGCGCAAGAAAAACAUUCAUAGCUGUCACAUUCCUGGCUGUGGCAAGGUUUACGGGAAAACAAGUCACCUGAAGGCUCACCUUCGAUGGCACACCGGCGAGCGGCCGUUCGUCUGCAACUGGCUGUUCUGCGGCAAACGUUUCACAAGAUCCGAUGAACUCCAGCGCCAUCUACGUACACACACAGCAAAACACGUCAAAACGCACGGAGCGCCUUCAGCCGGUGGCAACGGCAGUGGUGGCACUGGAACGGCCAAGAAAAAUUCAUCCGACUCAUGUAGCGAUUCCGAGGAGCACAACAACCAAACCGAUCUCCACCAACAACAACAACAACAACAGCAACAGCAGCAACAGGCAUCAAGCGGUGGAGGCGGAGCACCCGGUGGAGGUGGCGGUGUAGGCGGUAGUCCCGGUGCAGCUAGCCACGUCAGCCAUGUUGGCGCUAUGCCACCCGGCCUAGCUUCGAUGGGGGGUCAUCCCGGUGCACUGAGUCAUCCCUCGCAGCAACCGGGUGGACCCCAUCACCAUGCGCACACCCCCAGCCCUGGGCUAGAACACGUAAGCCAGUUGGACGUUAAACCGGGUAUCGUUUGAGGUAUGCUUGGGGCACCCUUCUUUAGCCACCACCAUCAGGUGAUGGGGCCCUUCUAGCAAGCAAGUUUAAUCAAUUAACCAGCAGCUCUUCGGUGGGAAGGGAGACCGGUUCCCGGUAGCAAGUUUUGAUAAGACAGUGAGAAGGGGGGAGGGGGACACUAUUCGAUGGUACAAAAAUUUCGGCUUGAUUACUCAAAAUUAACUGUCCAGGGCCUGGUGAGGUGAGAGCUGUGGGAUCUAACGGCAAAACCCCGGCCGUUCGAUGUGCGGUAACGAUGACAACGGAUCAACAAUUUGUGAUGUUUCUAAUUGUAAAUAGUAAUAAAAUUUUGAACGAUAGCUGCCCCGACACUCGGUGUGCGUUAAUCUUAUUAUCACAUUAAUGUGUCUAUUCGUAUAGUUAAUCUGUUAUGAACAAAUGAAAAGACAAAAAAAAAUCGCACAUUCACAUUACGAACCAUUGUUAAAUUAUUUUUUUCUUUUCAAAGCAACCAAUUUACUUAUUAGGUAUUAUAUACGGUAGAGACAUGAGAGGGUGAACCAAUUCGACGAGAUCGUAAAAAAAACAAAACAAAAUUAAAGUGAUCAUGAAUUGAACGGAAAACCUGUAUAAAUUAUUCACUUCACGGCACCAUUACGGUGUAGCAAGUCCAUAUUAGAUUGAGCAUUUGCUGAAUAAAUUACUAUUUUAAUCAUUCGUGUAAAACUUUUCACUACUCACGGAUAAAUUUUCGGACGAAUCAAACAACAAACAGAAUACUUAUCGUUAUAACUUAUUGUAAAAUAAAUGUAACAUAUCAAAUAAGAACUAAUUGCGCACGGAAAGGGUACAUCAUGAGGAACGUGUUCAAGCUCGCAGGCACACCCACACACGUUUAUAGAAACGUCAAACAAAGCCGCGCGCGUGUGUGUGAGUGGAGGGUGUGUCGUUUGUUUUGCGAUUGGAUCCAUUGGAUCCGAAGGCCUGUGUCCUGCCCUUCCCCAUAAAGAAUGUAAUUGUAAUAAAGAAUAAACAUGCACAACCGACACCAGUAAUUAUGACACUUGAGAUGAGCAGGCUUCAUAGAUUGUUCGCUAGGUAAUCAAAAAAAAAAACCCGAGCUGAUUGCAUGAAUGACAGGCGAAACGAAUAAACAGGGUAGAGCCAAAACAAAAAAAACCUGCGCAUGACGGGUGCGAAUGAAUUUCCACCGGGGAAAGCAUUUUUCUUUUUAGUUGUUGGUAGUAAUUAAAUUCUGCGAAACGUAAGUGAAAACGAACAAAUGAAACCUUAAAUUAAUUAAAUAUUUUAGCUAUUUUGGAAUAAGUAAAA